AUGAGAGAAGAAGUUUUAUCUAUACGUCAAAUUAUAUCGAAAGAUUGGAAUUUUGGAAAAUAUGUAGAAACACAAAUGGAAGAAAAGUUUAAUCAAAUUGAACAUGAAAAGAUUACUGAUACAAUUCAAAUAGAUCAAAACGUUCCGAUUUCCACAAAUUUAAAUACAAAUAUUUUGAAAUUAGAAAUGGAAAAAGUUUCAGCAACUGAAAAUGUUUACAUUGAAUGUAAAUUAAGAAAUUGUCAUCAAACAACGUUGACAACGAAUGGAAGAGAAGAAGAAGAAGAAGCAAAAGAAAUAAUUUAUCAGGCAACUCAAAAAGAAUCAAUCAACAAUUCUUUUAACUUCGUUGAUUAUCAGGAAACAUUAUCCGGAAUAGAAGUUCACCUUUGUAUUCCAGAAUUUAACAUAACAACAGAGAAUUUUACAUUUUCUGAAGAAUACAGCAAACAAUUAUUGCAUAAAUUUGAGGAAAAAAUGGAAUAUGUAGGAACGCUUAAAAUGUCUAAUAUUGAAACUACAAUAGCAAAUAUCAGAGAAUAUAAUCAGGAAUUAACUGAUUCAAGUGAUCUAUAUCAGCAGAUUAUAGUUCAGGAAAUGGCUCAAGAAUGUACCAGAAUUAUUGCUGAUAAACUUAUGAUUCACGCAAGUGAAAAUAUUACGCAAAAUAUUACUUUAUCUGAUCAAAUAGAUCAAUGGACGAUUGUUCCGGAAGAGAUGAAUGUUCAAGAACGUAUGAAUUUGCAAUCAAUUUCUGAAAGUUUCAUCACGCAACAGUCUACAAUUUUAGAAAGCAAUCGGAAUAGUUUUCUGGAAAUAUCAUCAAGUAUCAAAAGUAAUAGAACGGAGAAUACAUAUGCUAAGUAUCCGGAAACUGAACAUGAGAAUGAAGUAUUAGCUAUUGGAUGGAAUAAAGUUAUAAGAAGAGCAUCAACGGAAAAAUUGAUACCAAUCGGAGAAACGCAAACGGAAAAGUUAUCUACUAUAGCAAUUACGGAACAGAAUGUUGAGUUUUCGGGAAUGAUUGGAAAAAUGGACGAUCAUUUUGAUAGUAUUGAGCUAAAGCGCUCUUUGAAAAUAUCUACCACUGAUGAAAAGCAAUUAAUGAUAGCUUCUGAAAGUCGAGAAUAUUCUUUGCUUAAGAAAUCUUCCGCUCAGGAAUGCGGUAGUGUAAUGCGAGAUUUGGAAAUUAUUCAAAUUAGCGCACAUAUUAUGGAAUAUGACGCAGCGCAAACAGUAAUUACAGGUUUCUUCGCAAAAUUGGAACAGAAGAAAAUAGCAGAAAAGUUGAAGUGCAACUUGCUACUUCAAUAA